GCGAAACAACCCCUGUAGCAGUGAGUGUGUCUGUAGCUAGGAGUCAAGCAUCAUGUUUAGAGCCGCCGUCCGCUUCUCCGUCUCCGGUGUUCGGAGUUUGGCUCGUACGCAGCCAGGCUGUCAAGCUCCUCUUGCCUCAAGGUGGUACUCACAUGGGAAGCAAGAGACUGAUGAGGAAUUUGAUGCCCGCUGGGUCACCUAUUUCAACAAGCAAGACAUUGAUGCAUGGGAGCUAAGAAAAGGGAUGAACACAUUGAUUGGUUAUGAUCUGGUACCUGAGCCAAAGAUUAUUGAGGCAGUACUGAGAGCCUGUCGAAGGUUGGAUGACUUUGCCAGUGCUGUUCGAGUUUUGGAAGCAGUGAAGGACAAGGCAGGACCUCAUAAAGACAUCUACCCAUACCUGAUCCAGGAGCUGCAGCCAGUGUUGAAAGAGCUUGGCAUCUCCACACCGGAAGAGCUUGGCAUUGACAAAGCGUAAUCAACAAGAUAUCUAAUGGUGGAAAUCCCCAGGACACAUAACCCCUGUACCUAAAUGUUUGCCUCAUAAUACACGUGAUAUUUAAUUGGCCUUUAUUUUGUUCUUUUGCUUGUAAAAUAUUGACAAACAUAAUAAAGGAAAAUGUAUCUUUAUUGAGUGUCACAAUAUUUUAUGGAUAUUUGAGAGCGUAGAUUUUGAAGCAGCACUUCUUUACAAGUUGUUUAAAUAGAGGGCAGAGCUGCAUGUUUUCUUGGUGUGUGCGGACACAUUCAUGUGAGAGUCACAUGUUUACCUCCAGGGAGCAGCAUUUUCACAUGAAUGUAAAAAUCAUUCUACUGUAUUCUGUCUAUGUUGAAUCAUGUUUUCAUUUCAGGGAAAAUUUACAUUCUGAUUACAUAAAGUUGUCCAAAUGGUGUAAUGUUGUUUCACAAACAUUAAAAACAUAUUUUCAGAGA